AUGCAAUCAAGGAACGACGCUCCCAGGCGUCUCCCGUCAAGGGAUUCGAACGAACCUCCCCCAACUUCGAGAUUGCAAAGCGUACGUACGGGAAUCAACCAAUGGUUUUCCGGUCGGUCGGACAAUGUUGGCUUGCCUACAAGUCAUGCGCAUAUACCUGCUAGCCCAAAGACUCCACGAUUGCCACUUGGUCUGGGGAAUUUUUCGUCCUCGAGACUGCAGCUUCCCUAUCUCAGUCGUUCAAACACAACUGCCUCGGCACGAGCAGAACAUCAACCUUCAGUCCAUUCCACCCGGACGAGUAAUUCUCUGCGAAGAGAAACAAGACGAAUACCUACCAACACCUCCGCUCCCGAUGUUCCCCCGCUUCCACAGGGUCAACAUAACCAAAGGAGAGUUCAGGAGAGUAGUCCCAGGGCAACAAGGUCUCGAGAUGACCAACGACACCGUGACCGAUCAGGUUCCAGCCAUGCUGUGGGAGUUGGACCGGAAGAACAACGUCUCGCCGAAUUAGCCACGGAAGGCCGAGGUCGACGGAAACGUAGGUCGAAGAACUCGGAGAGAAGGUGUUAUCCCAAGGUCAAGAACCAGGAAAUUCGAAAUAGACUGUUGACUUGUUUUCUUUCUGGAUCGGUAAUUUUCCCCCACUGUUCAACUUCUCCCAGUUCAUUCUAACGGAUUGUAGUUUUUGACUCUCGUUCUUGCAGUUUACCUUGCCCUGGCAUUAUCGAACCCAACACAGUCGCAAGAGUUUCAUGUUUCUUUGAUUUUGAUCAUCCUGGUAACAACGAUAUACUUUUGUCAUUGCUUGAUUCGCCUGUGUAUUCAAAUAAUCAGACCCCCAGAGGAGCAACAAAGGUUGCCGACCAUGAUUGGACCAGGAGGUUUCGCCAAUCCACCCGUUCCGAUUCGGAUUGCUCUCGCCCGUGACGAAGAAGCUGCAGGUAUUGAGAGCCAAGCAACUCAGAUGCCACCACCGGCUUAUGGGCUAUGGAGAGAAUCAGUGGUAUGUUUGCCUGGCUGAGUAGAAUCUGGGUCAUUAUGACUAACAUUACGUAGCGUGUGGAUCCAAACCGCAUCUUCUGGCAACGCAACGAAGAGCCACCACCAAUGCCCAAACACAAGCUGUUGCGACGAGGACUCCGAGAAGAAGAACCCACGACGACUACUCGACCACCCUCUUAUGCGUCCGAUAAUGGCGUCGAUUACAUUCUUGAGGCCGAGGGUCGUUCCAUAGCUCCUACGGUCGAUGUUCCUUUACCUGUCCAUCCAUCGGAGCGAGGACGAGUGCGUGUUUGAUCUCGUUAAAAAGAACCUGGAUUCCUUUGAUUUGUUUUUGCCCGAAGAAUUGAAUAAUAUCUCUUUUGAAUAAACAUGGAAAGACACCAGACUAUUUUUGUUUGCCAGCAAGCGAGCCAAUCGAGAGUUUCUUUAGCGACUUGGGUGUCUAGAUGGUAUUGUACGAUUAUGAAGGUUAUGUGUGGGUCUUUUUGUGUGUGUCUUUUUUUAAACUGUCUUCUAGAGUGAGGGGGCCUAAAUGAACCCCCCUUCCCUUGUUUCGUUUCUCGGUGUCAGAUUAGGGAUUGCAUUGAUUGCGUCUGCUUUUUUUUCAUACAUAUUUUUCCUUUGUGAAGGUGGUGGUGGAUAUACCCGUGGUGGAGGGGUCGGUACAUUAUGGUAUGAAGAGGUGUUGAUACGGGGAUAGGGGAGUUAGGUGUGGGUGUGAGAGUUACGUGUGUUUGUGUGAGUUGGAGGAGGCUGUGUAGAU